CCCUGUGCCCAUCGUAAUAAAAAUAAAAUCAAUAAUAGAGAGAGAGAGGAGGUAGCAACAGCGGUUGCUUAAUCCUUUCCUUUUCCUCCUCUUAUCUCCAGGGCAUCCCAAGAGGCGGAAAGGGAGGAGCGGAGCGGCGAAUUCUUGUUUUUUUUUCCAAGACAAGAUGUCUUCUCCAAGCAAGCGCCGGGAGAUGGACCUCAUGAAGCUGAUGAUGAGCGACUACAAGGUGGAGAUGGUGAACGAUGGGAUGCAGGAGUUCUUUGUUGAAUUUCGUGGGCCUAACGAAAGCAUUUAUCAAGGAGGUGUAUGGAGGGUUAGAGUAGAGCUGCCAGAUGCGUAUCCUUACAAAUCCCCAUCGAUUGGUUUCAUCAAUAAGAUAUAUCACCCAAAUGUCGAUGAGAUGUCUGGUUCAGUCUGUUUGGAUGUCAUCAACCAGACAUGGAGCCCAAUGUUUGAUCUUGUCAAUGUGUUUGAGGUCUUCCUUCCACAACUUCUGUUAUAUCCUAAUCCUUCUGAUCCAUUAAAUGGAGAUGCAGCUGCGUUGAUGAUGCGUGAUCGCCCUGCUUAUGAACAAAAAGUGAAAGAAUACUGCGAAAAAUAUGCCAAACCAGAGGAUGCUGGUGUCAUCCCAGAAGACAAAUCCAGUGACGAAGAGCUGAGUGAAGAUGAAAAUGACUCGGGUGAUGAGGAGAUAAUGGGCAAACCAGAUCCAUAGUCAAGUACCUAUACCUGUAAUCUGCCCACAAUGUUUAUUGCAGCAACUGCAAUUAAACAGUCCUCGAACGUUCCCGUGCAGUCUGAAUGCCAUGUAAAUAAACUGCAAUUUCACGUUCGCUAAUGUUAUUUCCAUCUCCAGUUGACAAUUGGAUUUCCAGCAUCGCUGCUAUGUCCUCAUAUCAUGAGUGUAGAUUUGUGCAUGUGAAUUGGCUGGAUGUUUUAAUAUCUGUGCAAUCUUUAGCUGAA